AUGGAGCCAGAGCACACUCUGCCCACCUCCUCGUCUCAGGGUGCCCUUGGGAAUCCUAUGAAGGAGGAGCGUUUCAAGCAGCUGUUUGCUGCCUUUGGCACACUGACAGACUGCAGCCUGAAGUUCACCAAAGAUGGCAAGUUCCGGAAGUUUGGCUUCAUUGGCUUCAAGUCUGAGGAAGAGGCCCAGACAGCACUGAACCAUUUCAACAAGAGUUUUAUCGACACAUCCCGGAUCACGGUGGAGUUCUGCAAGUCAUUUGGGGACCCCACAAAGCCCCGAGCCUGGAGCAAACAUGCCCAGAAACCAAGCCUACCCACGCCACCUUCAAAAGACCCUGUUUCCCCACAAACAAAGCACGACAGGGAGAAGGAGAAGGCCACCAUGGAACUGGAGAAGCUGAAGGGAGACACCGAGUUCCGGGAGUUCCUGUCCGUCCACCAGAAACGGACACAGGCUGCCACGUGGGCCAACGAUGCCCUGGACACUGAGCCCACAAAAGGGAAGAGCAAGGCGGCCAGCGACUACCUGAACUUCGACUCAGACUCAGGCCAGGAGAGUGAGGAAGAGGGGGCCAGUGAAGGCCUGGCAGUGGAGGGAGCCCUCACACCAAAGGCAGCUGUGCAGAAGGAGCUGUCGGACAUGGAUUACCUGAAAUCCAAAAUGGUGAAGGCCGUGGUGUCGUCUUCCUCCUCCUCCGGGAGUGAAGAUGAAGCAGUAAACUGUGAGGGCAGCAGUGAGGAUGAGGACGAAGACUCCCCUGCCACCCCAGCUCCCUGUGAACUGGAGAGGAAGGGGACCGGCUGCGAGCAAGGGGCCCCACUUGUGAAGGAGCAACCACGGGAAGCCAGAACCGAGACAGAGAAACCAACAACCCAGAAAGAGCCCACCACCCCCUACACCGUGAAGCUGCGGGGAGCCCCAUUCAAUGUCACAGAGAAAAACGUUACGGAAUUCUUGGCACCCCUGAAACCGGUGGCCAUUCGGAUAGUGAGAAAUGCUCACGGGAACAAAACAGGGUACGUCUUUGUGGACUUUGGCAGUGAGGCGGAAGUGAAGAAGGCGCUCAAGUGCAACAGGGAAUACAUGGGUGGGCGCUACAUCGAGGUGUUCAGGGAAAAGAGUGGCCCUGUGGCCCAGCGUCCCCUGAAGAACAGCGCCAAGCCCUGGCAAGGCCGGACACUGGGGGAGGACGAGGAGGAGGAGGACCUUGCCGACUCCGGGAGGCUCUUUGUACGAAACCUGCCUUACAGCAGCACCGAGGAAGACCUGGAGGAGCUUUUCUCCAAAUAUGGCCCCCUGUCUCAGCUACAUUAUCCCAUCGAUAGCCUGACCAAGAAACCCAAGGGCUUUGCCUUUGUCACCUUCAUGUUCCCCGAGCACGCGGUGAAGGCCUACGCUGAGGUGGAUGGACAGGUGUUCCAGGGUAGGAUGCUCCACGUGUUACCGUCCACCAUCAAGAAGGAAGCCAGCGAGGAUGCCAGUACCCCUGGAUCCUCAUCCUACAAGAAGAAGAAGGAGGCCAAGGACAAAGCCAACAGCUCCAGCUCUCACAACUGGAACACGCUAUUCAUGGGCUCAAACGCUGUGGCUGACGCCAUCGCCCAGAAGUACAACGCUACCAAGAGCCAAGUAUUUGACCAUGAAACCAAGGGCAGUGUGGCUGUGCGCGUGGCCCUGGGGGAGACCCAGCUCGUCCAGGAGGUGCGACGCUUCCUCAUCGACAAUGGGGUCUGUCUGGACUCCUUCAGCCAGGCCGCAGCAGAACGAAGUAAGACCGUGAUGCUGGUGAAGAACCUCCCGGCUGGCACCCUGGCAGCUGAGCUGCAGGAAAUGUUUGGCCGUUUCGGCAGCCUAGGCCGUGUGCUGUUGCCGGAAGGUGGCGUCACGGCCAUUGUGGAGUUCUUGGAGCCCUUGGAGGCCCGCAAGGCCUUCCGACACCUGGCCUAUUCCAAGUUUCACCAUGUGCCUCUGUACCUGGAAUGGGCUCCAGUGGGUGUCUUCUCCAGCUCAGCCCCACAGAAGGAAGUACCCAGGGAUGCACCGGCAGAUGCAGACCAGGUGGAGCCAGAAACUGUACCAGACAGCAAGACUCCAGAAGCUGAAAAGCCAACGGAAGGCGGAGCAGACAACCCCACAGCAAAGAUGGAAGAAGAGGAGGAGGAGGAGGAGGAGGAGGAAGAGAGCCUUCCAGGUUGCACCCUGUUUAUUAAAAAUCUCAACUUCGACACAACAGAGGCAACACUGAAGGAAUUGGCCACCAUGGCAGCAGACCAGCCCCGGCCAGGCACAGGGCACCGUGCGCUGCUUUCCAUGGGGUUUGGAUUUGUGGAGUACAGGAAGCCGGAGCAUGCCCAGAGAGCUCUCCGGCAGGUCCAGGGUCACAGUGUGGACGGCCACAAGCUGGAAGUGCGGAUUUCAGAACGAGCCAUCAAGCCAACCAUCACAUCCACUCGGAAGAAACAAGUGGCCGGAAAGCAGACGACCUCCAAGAUCCUGGUGCGCAACAUCCCCUUCCAAGCCGACAGCCGGGAGAUCCGAGAGCUCUUCAGCACCUUUGGGGAGCUGAAGACCGUGCGCCUGCCUAAGAAGAUGACUGGAACAGGUGCGCACAGAGGGUUUGGCUUCGUCGACUUUGUCACCAAGCAGGAUGCAAAGAGAGCCUUCAACUCGUUGUGCCACAGCACCCACCUUUAUGGCCGGAGGCUGGUCUUGGAGUGGGCAGACUCCGAGGUGACCGUGCAGGCCCUGCGCAGGAAAACAGCCGAGCGCUUUCACGAGCCCCUGAAGAAAAAGCGGUCUGUGGUGUUGGAUGAGAUCCUGGAGCAGCUGGAAGACAGUGACAACAACGGCGAGUAG